AUGGCGGCGCCAGCAGUCUCCCAACUGAGAUCCUCGAAAACGGAGUCGUAUGUCGACAACAAGAGGAAGGAAGACGUCCGCCAGGCUAAUAUCACGGCGGCCAGAGCAGUUGCCGAUGCGGUGAGGACCAGCUUGGGCCCGAAAGGGAUGGACAAAAUGAUUUCCACGGCUAGCGGCGAGGUGAUUAUCACCAACGAUGGAGCUACGAUUCUGAACCAGAUGGGGGUUCUCCAGCCAGCUGCGAAGAUGCUGGUCGAGCUCUCUAAGUCGCAGGACACCACCGCCGGUGAUGGUACCACCACCGUCGUCGUCAUUGCCGGUGCGCUUUUGAAGCAGUGCCUGUUGCUACUGUCUAGUGGAAUCCAUCCCACGGUAAUCUCCGACUCUCUCCAUAAAGCCUCUGUUAAAGCUGUCGAUGUGCUAACUGCUAUGGCAGUACCUGUUGAGUUGUCCGAUCGUGAAUCGCUUGUCAAAUCUGCGAGCACUUCGUUGAACAGUAAAGUCGUCAGUCAGUACUCCACUCUUCUUGCUCCUUUAGCUGUUGAUGCGGUGUUGUCAGUGGUUGAUCCUGCCAAGCCUGAUUUGGUAGACCUUAGGGACAUUAAAAUAGUGAAGAAGCUUGGGGGAACUGUGGAUGAUACCGAGAUGGUUAAAGGUUUGGUAUUUGAUAAGAAGGUGAGCCAUGCUUCUGGUGGACUCACACGGAUGGAGAAUGCGAAGAUUGCUGUGAUUCAGUUUCAAAUAUCACCUCCUAAAACUGAUAUAGAACAAAGCAUUGUGGUGUCUGAUUACACACAGAUGGAUAGGAUUCUGAAGGAAGAGAGGAAUUAUAUUUUGGGGAUGAUUAAGAAGAUCAAGGCAACUGGUUGUAAUGUGUUGUUGAUUCAGAAGAGUAUUCUUAGAGAUGCAGUCACAGACUUGUCACUGCAUUACUUGGCUAAAGCCAAGAUCUUGGUUGUGAAGGAUGUGGAAAGAGAUGACAUUGAGUUCAUUACCAAGACCUUAAACUGCUUGCCAAUUGCUAAUAUCGAGCAUUUCAAAGAAGAGAAGAUGGGUUAUGCUGAUCUUGUGGAGGAGGUUUCAGUCGGGGAAGGCAAGAUUGUGAAGAUCACUGGGAUUAGAGAUAUGGGAAGGACUGCCACUGUUCUUGUUCGUGGGUCUAACCAGUUGGUUCUCGAUGAAGCUGACCGGAGCUUGCACGACGCACUGUGUGUCAUUAGAUGCUUGGUCAACAAGCAAUUCUUGAUUGCAGGAGGUGGGGCUCCUGAGAUUGAGCUGUCCAGGCAGCUCGGUGCAUGGGCCAAAGUUCUGCAUGGUAUGGAAGGUUACUGUGUGAGGUCAUUUGCAGAGGCACUUGAGGUCAUCCCUUAUACUCUGGCAGAGAAUGCAGGGCUGAACCCUAUUACCAUUGUGACCGAGCUGAGAAAUAGGCAUGCCCAAGGAGAGAUCAAUGCUGGGAUCAACGUGAGGAAAGGGCAAAUUACAAACAUCUUGGAGGAGAACGUUGUGCAGCCAUUGCUGGUGAGCACUAGUGCCAUAACUCUGGCAACAGAGUGCGUGAGAAUGAUUUUGAAGAUUGAUGACAUUGUAACAGUCAGGUAG